AUGGCGGACCCCGCUGAAUGCAGCAUCAAAGUGAUGUGCCGGUUCCGGCCCCUCAACGAGGCGGAGAUCCUCCGCGGGGACAAAUUCAUCCCCAAGUUCAAAGGCGAGGAGACGGUGGUGAUCGGGCAGGCAAAACCUUAUGUCUUUGAUAGAGUGUUACCACCAAACACGACCCAGGAACAAGUUUAUAAUGCCUGUGCCAAGCAGAUUGUUAAAGAUGUUCUUGAAGGCUACAAUGGAACAAUUUUUGCUUAUGGACAGACAUCUUCGGGAAAAACACAUACUAUGGAGGGGAAGCUGCACGACCAUCAGUUAAUGGGAAUAAUUCCAAGAAUUGCACAUGACAUCUUUGAUCACAUCUAUUCCAUGGAUGAAAACCUGGAGUUUCACAUAAAGGUUUCUUACUUUGAAAUUUACUUGGACAAAAUAAGGGACUUACUUGAUGUGUCAAAGACGAACCUUGCAGUACAUGAGGAUAAAAACAGAGUUCCAUAUGUAAAGGGCUGCACAGAGAGGUUUGUCUCUAGUCCUGAAGAAGUUAUGGAUGUCAUUGAUGAAGGGAAAGCAAACCGCCAUGUAGCUGUUACAAAUAUGAAUGAACACAGCUCUAGAAGCCACAGUAUCUUCUUGAUUAAUAUUAAACAAGAGAAUGUAGAAACUGAAAAGAAACUCAGUGGAAAGCUUUAUCUGGUGGACUUGGCUGGAAGUGAGAAGGUCAGCAAAACUGGAGCAGAGGGCUCUGUUCUUGAUGAAGCUAAAAAUAUCAAUAAGUCUUUGUCUGCUCUGGGCAACGUGAUCUCGGCCUUGGCAGAGGGAACUAAAACCCAUGUUCCAUACCGAGACAGCAAAAUGACCCGCAUUCUUCAAGACUCCUUAGGUGGGAACUGCAGAACUACCAUUGUUAUUUGCUGUUCUCCCUCCAUCUUCAAUGAAGCAGAAACCAAGUCUACCCUAAUGUUUGGACAAAGAGCCAAGACUAUUAAGAACACAGUUUCUGUGAAUCUAGAGCUGACUGCAGAAGAAUGGAAGAAAAAAUAUGAGAAGGAAAAAGACAAAAACAAGAGUUUGAAGAAUGUUAUCCAGCAUCUGGAGAUGGAACUGAAUAGGUGGAGAAAUGGAGAAGCAGUGCCUGAGGAUGAGCAGAUCAGUGCUAAGGAGCAGAAAAAUCUGGAGCCAUGUGACAACACACCCAUCAUUGACAACAUUGCACCUGUUGUUGCCAGCAUCUCAACUGAGGAGAAGCAGAAAUACGAUGAAGAGAUUACCAGUCUCUACAGACAGUUGGAUGAUAAGGAUGAUGAAAUCAACCAGCAGAGCCAGUUGGCUGAGAAACUAAAACAACAAAUGUUGGAUCAAGAUGAGCUUUUGGCUUCCACUAGAAGAGAUUAUGAGAAGAUCCAAGAGGAACUGACUCGUCUUCAGAUUGAAAAUGAGGCUGCAAAAGAUGAGGUGAAAGAGGUUCUUCAGGCCCUGGAGGAAUUAGCUGUCAAUUAUGACCAGAAAUCGCAAGAAGUGGAGGACAAGACCCGAGCCAAUGAACAGCUGGCUGAUGAACUGUCACAGAAAACAACGGCUUUGACUGCCACCCAACGAGAACUGGGUCAGUUGCAGGAACUCAGUAAUCAUCAGAAAAAGAGAGCUACAGAGAUCUUGAACUUACUGCUUAAAGAUCUGGGAGAGAUUGGAGGAAUCAUUGGUACCAAUGAUGUUAAAACGUUAGCAGAUGUGAACGGGGUAAUCGAGGAAGAGUUCACCAUGGCACGGCUGUAUAUCAGUAAGAUGAAGUCUGAGGUGAAAUCUCUGGUGAACCGCAGCAAGCAGCUGGAGAGUGCCCAGAUAGACUCCAACAGGAAGAUGAAUGCCAGUGAGAGGGAACUUGCAGCCUGCCAGCUCCUCAUCUCACAACAUGAAGCAAAGAUUAAGUCCCUUACAGACUACAUGCAAAAUAUGGAACAGAAGAGAAGGCACCUAGAAGAGUCACAAGACUCGCUUAAUGAAGAGCUGGCCAAGUUACGUGCUCAAGAAAAAAUGCAUGAAGUCAGCUUCCAGGAUAAAGAGAAGGAGCAUCUGACCCUGCUUCAGGAUGCAGAGGAAAUGAAGAAAGCGCUGGAGCAGCAGAUGGAGAGUCACAGGGAAGCCCACCAGAAACAGCUGUCCAGGCUACGAGAUGAGAUUGAAGAGAAGCAGAAAAUCAUUGAUGAAAUCAGAGAUAUGAACCAGAAGCUGCAACUGGAACAAGAGAAAUUGAGCUCUGAUUAUGAUAAAUUGAAAAUAGAGGAUCAGGAAAGAGAAAUGAAACUGGAAAAGCUCAUACUGCUUAAUGAUAAAAGGGAACAAGCAAGAGAAGAUCUUAAAGGGCUGGAGGAAACUGUGGCAAGAGAACUUCAGACCCUCCACAACCUACGAAAACUCUUUGUUCAAGACCUCACCACUCGAGUCAAAAAAAGUGUUGAACUGGACAGCGAUGAUGGAGGAGGAAGUGCUGCUCAGAAGCAGAAAAUUUCCUUUCUUGAGAACAACCUGGAGCAGCUUACAAAGGUUCACAAACAGUUGGUACGUGAUAAUGCAGAUCUUCGUUGUGAGCUUCCUAAGCUGGAAAAACGACUUCGAGCUACAGCAGAGAGAGUUAAGACUCUGGAGAGUGCACUGAAGGAAGCCAAGGAGAACGCCAUGCGGGACCGCAAACGCUACCAGCAGGAGGUAGAUCGCAUUAAAGAGGCUGUAAGAGCCAAGAACAUGGCAAGGAGAGCACACUCUGCUCAGAUUGCCAAGCCUAUCCGUCCCGGCCAUUACCCAGCAUCUUCUCCAACAGCUGUUCAUGUUAUCCGAGGAGGAGGAGGAAUGUCAAACUCCAGUUACUACCAAAACAUGAAAUAA